AUGUCAGCGAACACUCUCCCAUCUACCGUGCGCGCUCUGCUGCAAGCCGACCCUACUUCUACAGCCGUCACGCUCGUUGAGCGCCCUCUGCCAACACCAGAUUUUGCAAAGGGCGAGCAUCUGAUCCGUGUUUAUGCUGCGUCCCCAUGCGCGGGAGAACUCCUAUGGCCUACUUUCGUUGACACUCCUGGGAAGGAGAUCAUUACCUGCGACGAUGUUGCAGGGGUGGUAGCGAGCGCCCCCGAAGGCUCUCCAUUCAAAGUAGGGGAUGAAGUAUAUGCUCGCACGAGCUACUAUCGCCCUGGGUGUGCUCGUGACUACGCAAUUGUUACUACGGACGAAUUAGCCGCACGUCCCCGCAAGCUAAGCUGGGCGGAGUCUGCAGCUGUGCCUCUUUCAGCAGAAAGUGCGUGGCAGGCUCUAUUUAAGCAUGCUGGGGUGGGCGAGUUUGAUAGCCCGAACUGGAAGGGCAAACGUAUCCUGGUGACUGGGGCUUCAGGAGGUGUUGGGACCUGGGUCGUCCAAAUUGCAAGUCUCAUAGGCGCGGAAGUGGUCGGUACUUGCGGACCAGCCAACAUGGACCAUGUCCGGGCUCUAGGAGCUACGGAAGUGCUAAACUAUCGCUCAACCAAGAUCUCUGAAUGGGGCCAGAGCGAAGUGAACAAGGUCGACGUCGUCAUUGACUGUAUUGGCGGGGAUUCACUUGAAGACGCCUGGUGGUGUCUUCGUGAAAACGGCAUAAUUAUUAGUAUAAACCAGCCGCCAGAGAACAGACGACCAACAGAAUUGGCCGUAUCUGGCGUGAAAGAUCUUUUCUUCAUCAUGGAGCCAUCUGGUGUGGAACUAGCGGAGAUCACACAGUUGAUUGACAAGGGAAAAUGCCGGCCGGUUGUUGACAGUGUCUGGCCCUUGGAGCAGUUUCAAAAUGCGUACAAACGUCUAGAUAGUGGCCACGCCCGCGGUAAAGUCAUUUUUGAUAUGUUGUUGAACACUCAAAAAUGA